GAAGGAAGCAUAACACAAGAAAACAAUAUUUUCCCUCUCUGAAGAUCAACGAAGUGGUUAAUGGCGAUAUCUUACGUUCAGCCUCUGCUUCUUCUCCUCGGAUCACUCUUCUUCUUGCCUGCAUUACGUGCCGUCAAUUUCGAAUACUGCAAUAAAAGUGGAUACGAUUUCGGUAACGUCACUCAUGUUAAUAUCUCUCCGAACCCGGUUGGGCCUGAUGUUGGAGAGCUAAGCAUUACGGUUAUUGGUUAUGCAAAAGAAAGCAUCCAUACUGGAUCUAUAGAGGUUUAUGCUAAAUCUGAGAAUAUUACUGAUCUUCUAAGAAAGCAGCCAUGCACUAUUGAAUCUGGCACCAAAUUUGUUUUACCUCUUUCCGAAGUUCCUAAGGAUAUACUCGAGGGUAACUACAAGUAUGGGGUAUCUUUGCUUGAUGAAAAAGUCGGAGACUCUAAAGAGGCAAAAGUAAGAAUGUGUGUCGACUUCGAUUUACCAACUUCAUCUUCCACAUUGUCAUCUGCUUAGUCAAGUUGGUUGGGUGGAAGAUAUGUUUUCAAGUCUUUAUGUACUCGUGUCUAUCUCCUACUUGCAUUUUUCGGUUUUUCUCUGUUGUAACUUGGUUUAAUUUCUAUUACCGUGAUGUCACUGACUUUCCAAUUUGGAAACAGAAAUAAAUGUGACAGCUUUUGGAAGAGCCGGCUGCUUA